AAAAAAAUCAAUUUGCUUUCAUCCUAUUGAAGUAGUUUUCUCAAAGCUCCAGUCAUGUCUUCUUGUUCCACUCUCGUGUUCCUCUUCCUUCUCUCCUUUCUCACAAGCUUCAGAGCUUCUGCUCAAGAUCCAACUUACCUAUACCACACAUGUCCAAAUACCACAACUUACUCAAGAAACAGCACUUACUCCACCAACCUCAGAGCCCUUUUGUCUUCCCUCUCUUCCCGCAACGCCUCUUACUCCACCGGAUUCCAAAACGCCACCGCUGGGCAAGCCCCUGACAGAGUCACCGGACUUUUCCUCUGCCGUGGAGACGUCACACCUGAAAUUUGCCGUAGCUGCGUCGCCUUUGCCGUCAACGACACGUUAAAUCGGUGUCCGAACCAGAGAGAGGUGACGUUAUAUUACGACGAGUGCAUGCUCAGAUACUCUAACCGGAACAUUCUCUCGACCCUGACCUCCAGUGGAGGGGUUAUCAUGUCUAACAGCCAGAAUGUUACAUCGAACCAAACUGGGUUCAGAGAUUUGGUCUUGUCCACGAUGAACCAAGCAGCUGCCGAUGCAUCCAGCAGUCCUCGGAGAUUCGAUGCCAGAAAAACCAACUUCACCGCGUUCCAGACUUUGUACGGACUAGUUCAGUGUACUCCUGAUCUGUCGAGACAAGAUUGUUUGAGUUGUCUGCAGCAGAUCGUCAAUCAAUUGCCUUCUGACAAAAUCGGAGGAAGACUUAUGGUGCCGAGCUGUAACUCAAGAUUCGAGCUUUACCAGUUUUACAACGAAUCCAAUGUUAGAACACCACCAUCUGCUCCGGUUCCUCCUCCUCAAGUGUUAAUUCCUCCGCCAACUGGAGGGAAAGGUGGGAACUCAACUGUGUUGGUGGUAGCUAUUGUUGUGCCUAUUAUAGUCGCUAUUCUGCUUUUCAUAGCUGGUUAUUGUUUCCUUGCAAAGAGGGCAAAGAAGGCUUAUCACACAACAUCUGCAUUUGAUGGAGAUGAUAUAACAACCGCAGAGUCGCUGCAGCUUGAUUAUAGAUCAAUUCAAACUGCAACAGCUGAUUUUGCAGAGAGUAAUAAGAUCGGUCAAGGUGGAUUUGGUGAGGUUUACAAGGGUGCAUUAUCUGAUGGGACUGAAGUUGCAGUGAAGAAACUCUCAAAGUCCUCUGGACAAGGUGAUGUGGAGUUCAAGAACGAGGUUAUUCUUGUUGCAAAGCUACAACAUAGAAAUCUGGUUAGACUUCUUGGGUUUUGUUUAGAAGGAGAAGAGAGGGUACUAGUCUACGAAUAUGUGCCCAACAAAAGCCUUGAUUACUUCCUCUUUGACCCUGCAAAACAAGCUCAGCUGGAUUGGUCUCGGCGAUACAAGAUUAUAGGUGCCGUUGCUAGAGGGAUUCUAUAUCUUCAUCAAGAUUCACGACUCACAAUCAUACACCGUGACCUCAAAGCAAGUAAUAUUCUCUUGGAUGCGGAUAUGAAUCCUAAAAUUGCAGAUUUUGGAAUGGCUAGGAUCUUUGGACUUGACCAAACUCAGGAGAACACAAGCAGAAUAGUUGGUACCUAUGGUUACAUGUCUCCUGAAUAUGCAAUGCAUGGUCAAUACUCAAUGAAAUCUGAUGUCUAUAGCUUCGGAGUGUUAGUUCUUGAGAUUAUAAGCGGCAAGAAAAAUAGCAGCUUCUACCAAACUGAUGGUGCACAUGACUUGGUCUCAUAUGCGUGGAGGCUUUGGAGUAAUGGGACACCACUAGACCUCGUGGAUCCAGUUAUCGUAGAUAAUUGCCAGAGGAAUGAAGUUGUUCGAUGUGUCCAUAUUGGUCUUUUGUGUGUUCAAGAAGAUCCUGUAGAGCGUCCAACCUUGUCAACCAUUGUUCUGAUGCUCACCAGUAAUACUGUGACAUUACCAGUGCCUAGGCAACCAGGUCUUUACUUUCCCAGUAGACCGGAAAAAGAAAAAGAUCCACUUGAUUCUGCUCAAUAUACAUCAACUCAAUCUCUUGUAGGGUCUGUUGAUGAUGCCUCGAUCACAGAUGUGUAUCCUCGUUGAAGACGAAUGUGUACCGUCAUGCCUGGUUUCUAAAUCAAUUAGUUUUGAAAAUAAGAUGUAGUGUAACUGUUUGUAUUGUUAUUAUAGCCUCAAGCAUAUAUGAGUUGUAUAAUAUAACAUCUGCUUUUUCUUGGAGAAAAAUAGUCACUUGUUUUGCCAUA